AUGACUACCGCACCGGAGUACGUUUUCACUCGAGACUAUGAGGACAACAAUCGAAUCUGGCUAACUGACGUGGCAUCUCGUCUGCCGACGGCAGUCCAACUCGACGGAUUCGACAUCUCAUUCGACGCCGCACCGCCACAACAAUGGCUAUCUCCGAAUGUGAGCUUCCGUCUUUGGAACAUCAAACAUGACGCACCUGAGGAUGUUGUGGGCAGAUAUGACAUUGUUCACAUCAGAUUGUUUGGCUACGUUCUCAAGGACGACGAAGUCGAGGACGCUCUGAAGCGCUUGACCACACUAUUGAAGCCUGGUGGCUACAUCCAGUGGGGUGAACCUGACAGAGAUUCUUUUCGCCUUCAGACCACCUCCCGAGAGAACAAAAGUGAUGCGAUGGAGCAGCUACGAAAUCUCACGGCCUCUCAGGAUCCAAGGAUGAAACCGACCUGGGUCACAAAACUCCCGGGGCUCUUUACAAAAUGCGGGCUGCUGAAUGUCGAGGCUGAUGUACGAGAUGCGCCUCCUGAUCUUGCUAUGGCGAUGCAUGAGUGCAACCUGACACUGCACACACUCCUGCCACGCCAGACUAAGAACCAUGAGGCAGCGCGGGCAGUGAGCAGCUUGUUGCCAGAGGCAUGCCGGGAGACAAGAGCUGGAUCCUGUUAUGCAUUCACACGCUGGACUGUGGUAGGAAUGAAACCCAGCUGUGAAAAUACUGCCGCCGAACAUGGUUGGGGUUCGGUCGAUCUUGGCGGCUCCACAUAG